AUGUUUAGAAAGAACUUGAAGAAGGACCCGGAGCUGUUUCAGAACGUGUCGGAGGGGCUGAAGCGGCUCUACCGGAAUAAGCUGUUCCCGCUGGAGGACACGUAUCGGUUCCACGACUUCCACUCCCCGGCGCUCGAAGAUGCCGACUUCGACAACAAGCCCAUGGUCCUCCUGGUGGGUCAGUACUCCACCGGAAAGACCACCUUUAUCCGGCAUCUCAUGGAGCAGGACUUCCCUGGUAUGCGGAUUGGCCCGGAGCCGACUACGGACUCUUUCAUCGCGGUGAUGCACGGCGAGCAGGACGGGGUGAUCCCGGGUAAUGCUCUGGUGGUCGACCCCAAGAAGCCCUUCCGCAAACUCAACGCCUUUGGCAACGCGUUUCUUAACAGGUUCAUGUGUGCGCAGAUGCCUAACGCCGUCCUGGAGAGCAUCAGUAUCAUCGAUACCCCUGGAAUCCUGUCGGGAGAGAAACAGAGAAUAAGCAGAGGGUACGACUUUGCGGCGGUGCUGGAGUGGUUUGCAGAGCGCGUGGACCGCAUCAUCCUCCUGUUCGACGCCCACAAGCUGGACAUCUCAGACGAGUUCUCCGAGGUGAUCCGAGCCCUGAAGAACCACGAGGACAAAAUGAGGGUGGUGCUGAACAAGGCCGACCAGAUCAGCACUCAGCAGCUGAUGAGGGUCUACGGAGCGCUGAUGUGGUCUCUGGGAAAAAUCAUCAACACACCUGAGGUGGUGCGCGUGUACAUCGGGUCGUUCUGGGCCCAGCCCCUGUUGGUGCCAGACAACAGGAAGUUGUUUGAGGCAGAGGAGCAGGAUCUGUUCUUGGACAUCCAGUCGUUGCCACGUAACGCAGCUCUGCGCAAACUCAAUGACCUCAUCAAACGAGCACGCCUCGCCAAGGUGCAGGCCUACAUUAUCAGCUCUCUGAAGAAGGACAUGCCCAGUGUGUUUGGAAAGGAAUCAAAGAAGAAGGAGUUGAUUGCCAACCUGGGAGAGACCUACCAUAGGAUCGAGAAGGAGCACCAGAUCUCACCCGGAGACUUCCCCAACCUCGCCAAGAUGCAGGAGCUGCUGAACGCCCAGGACUUCACUAAGUUCGCACCGCUGAAGCCCAAGCUGCUGGAGGCGGUGGAGGACAUGCUCGCCAACGACAUCGCCCGUCUCAUGGCCAUGGUGCGCCAGGAAGAAGCCGCCAUGCCCAGCCAGAUCGUGAAAGGAGGAGCCUUCGAGGGAGUCAUGACGGGGCCCUUCGGUCACGGCUACGGAGAGGGAGCCAGCGAAGGCAUCGACGAGCUGGAGUGGGUGGUGGGUCGCGACAAGCCCACAUACGACGAGAUCUUCUACACCCUCUCUCCAAUCAACGGCAAGGUGUCCGGCGCCGCAGCCAAGAAGGAGAUGCUGAAGUCCAAGCUGCCCAACACGGUCCUGGGGAAGAUCUGGAAGCUAGCCGACGUGGAUAAAGAUGGCCUCCUCGAUGAUGACGAGUUCGCCCUGGCCAACCAUCUGAUCAAGGUGAAGCUGGAGGGCCACGAGCUGCCCGCCGCGCUGCCUGAACAUCUGAUCCCUCCGUCCAAACGUGGCUCAUCCCUCGAGGCCUAGAGGGGGAGGAGAAACAGGAGAAGGAGGAGGAGGAGGAGGAGGAGGAGGAGGAGGAAGGACAGCCUGGAGAUCAGCCAUGUCAUCGCUCUUCAUCGUGUUCAGAACUCUCCAAACACAAGCAGGCAUCAUCCUCCAUCAAGCUGUGAGUCUCCAGGCACCAGGAGGACGUAUAGCUGUGAUCUUUUUCACCCAGAGAGAGACUGGAGGUGGGGAGGUCCAUCUUUGUGCAUUAGGGGAUAAUAUUUAGGUAUCUAUUAGAAUUAACUGGGGGUUGAUUUGCAAACUGAUGAAAGGACAUUACCGGAUCAUGAACUAAGGAUUGGAUGUUGCAUGAUGGAUUUGUAGAUCCUGUGUAAAAGAUGUCAUCUUAAGUAUACAGUCCAUAUUAUUAUAUGUUGAUCCAAAGAAAUAUCGUUUUUUUUUCCCAUUUGGAGAGAGAAAGAGGAAAUAAAUCAAAACAGCUGUUUAGAAUUGUUUUAUCUAUAUUUUUGUAUUUCCUGACUGUUAACUUUGACUCUUUCCAAAUGCUUCCCUUUUUAUUAUUUUGCCAGAUAAAUAAAAAGGAAUACUGUACCAUCUGA